CGCGGGCGAGCUCUCCGGCGGCUCUCCGGCUGAGCGGGGCAGAGGGCGCGGGAGUCGCUGGGGGACGGUUCCAGGAGCGGGGGAGCGAUGGCUGGGGAGACUCAGCACCGGACCCUCCGGAAGAGCAUCGCAGCCCAGCCGCCCGCAGCGCCGCCCCGCGCCCCCGGGAGCGGCAGCAGCUCCGAGCGAGUGACUCUGAAGAAGGAGAUCGGGCUGGUCAGCGCCUGUGCCAUCAUUAUCGGUAACAUUAUUGGUUCUGGAAUCUUUAUUUCUCCAAAAGGAGUUCUGGAACACUCUGGGUCAGUGGGACUAGCUCUUGUUGUUUGGGUGAUUGGAGGAGGGAUUGCUGUCCUUGGAUCUCUAUGUUAUGCUGAGCUAGGAGUUGCUAUCCCGAAAUCAGGAGGGGAUUAUUCCUAUGUCACCGAGAUUUUUGGUGGGUUAGCUGGGUUUUUGCUGCUAUGGAGUGCAGUGCUUAUCAUGUACCCUACCAGCCUGGCUGUUAUCGCAUUGACAUUUUCAAACUAUGUUCUACAACCGGUGUUCCCUAAUUGCAUCCCACCCUAUAAUGCCUCCAGGGUCCUCUCCACGGUGUGUUUAUUACUCCUGACUUGGGUGAACAGCUCCAGCGUUCGAUGGGCAACUCGCAUCCAGGAUAUAUUUACAGCAGGAAAACUGUUAGCCUUGGCCCUUAUCAUUACUAUGGGCUUCAUACAGAUCUUUAAAGGAAACUAUGAAGAACUGACACCAAGCAAUGCAUUUGAUUUUUGGAUGUCUCCAUCUGUGGGACAGUUAGCAUUAGCUUUUCUUCAAGGGUCAUUUGCAUUCAGUGGGUGGAACUUCUUGAAUUAUGUCACAGAAGAAUUAGUUGAUCCCCGCAGGAACCUACCUCGUGCCAUAUUCAUAUCCAUCCCAUUGGUGACAUUUGUGUAUACAUUCACCAAUAUUGCAUAUUUCACUGCCAUGUCACCUCAAGAGCUCUUGUCCUCCAAUGCUGUGGCAGUAACAUUUGGUGAAAAGUUACUGGGCUAUUUUUCCUGGGUUAUGCCAGUCUCAGUGGCCUUAUCUACAUUUGGAGGAAUAAAUGGAUACCUUUUUACCUCAUCAAGGUUAUGUUUUUCUGGAGCUCGUGAAGGUCACUUGCCCAGCUUGCUUGCUAUGAUUCACGUUAAACACUGCACCCCAAUCCCUGCCCUUCUAGUGUGUUGUUUGACCACAAUUAUCAUCAUGCUUGUUGGAGACACGUACACAUUAAUUAAUUAUGUGUCGUUUAUUAACUACCUCUGCUAUGGAGUGACAAUCAUAGGCCUGAUUGUGUUGCGUUGGAAGAAACCCAAAAUCUUCAGACCUAUCAAGGUGAAUCUCCUUGUUCCAGUCACUUACCUGCUAUUUUGGGCAUUUCUUCUGAUCUUCAGUUUCUAUUCUGAGCCAGUCGUCUGUGGAAUUGGACUAAUCAUCAUAUUAACUGGAGUGCCUGUGUUUUUUCUUGGAGUAUACUGGAGAAAUAAACCAAAGUGUAUAAAUAGACUAGCUGAAUCCAUGACAUACUGGGGACAGAAGUUGUGUUUCGUCGUCCACCCUCAAGAGGGAGCUCCAGAAGAGGAUGAUCUGCCUUUCACUCAUUCUCAGCUACCACGAAGUGAAAAGUCCUUGAAGAAACAGCGAAAAGUCCUUGAGAAAUAAUGAAGCAAUCGAUGAGACAGAAGUAGCUUUUUGUUUACAUGUUGAUUUUUGCAAAAAGUUUUUCUUGGAAAAAAAAAAGUUUUUAGAAGUCAGAUACAGAAGCCCAUGAAAUGAGCUACACCUUUACAACAGUCCUUAGCUCUUAGCUUUUCCUAAAAAAAUAAAAUAAGGAGCUGGUUAUUUAUUUCUGACAGUGUAUUUCAGUCAGCAAGGAAGUUUAGUGCAGGUACAGUAAGCUAAGUUCUUCAUCACCAAUUCCAGCAGCCUUGGGGUUGUACUGUAAAGCAGAUUAAUCUGGAAAUUUCAAGAUUGGGACCUCUUCCAAUAAUGAAAAUAAAAUGGGGAAAAGUCAAUGGAAUAGGGAAAGCCAGUGGUCCUACUCAUGCUCCCACGGGAGCCAGUGACACAAGUCUAAUUGAUUUAACUGGCACAGGAUCAGACCCCACAUAACCCAGGUAGUUUUCAAAUUACAAUCUAAAAAAACUCAAUUGUGUGAACACUUCUGCACAUGCAUAACUUUACCCCUGAGAGCAAAGUUACACCCAAGCCUCUGUAUUUGCAAGUUUGGGUAUUAAAACUGUGACCAUUGUUGAGUGAACAGUAAGGGUAUGUCUACACAGCAAAGAAAAACCCACUGCUGCAGUUCGUGGGGCUUGGCUCAGGCACUGGCUUGUGGGGCUGUUUCAUUGCUGUGUAGACAUCCGGGCUCAGGCUGCAGCCUGGACUCUGACACCGUACAUGUGGGAAGGUCCCAGAGCUCAGGCUCCAGCCCAAGCCCAGACGUCUACACAGCAAUGAAAUACCGCAGCCUGAGCCCUGCAGGACCAAGUCAGCUGGCAUGGGCCAGCCGCGGGUAUUUGUUUGCUGUGUAGACAGACCCUAAGAGCUUAUCCAGGGUAUUUACAUACAAUACAUUAGAGCUGAAUGUAUAACUUCUACACUGUGUUUGAUCAUUUUUGUCAUUAUUCAAUUAUGUAAAGAAACCAUGGAAAUUGUGAUAUGAUCUAAAGUAACUUCAGUCUUCAAGCAGUUUUGCAAACCAGGAGUUGCGGUUUGUAUUAUGAAAUCUGAACAGCUCUGUUAUUACAAUAACCAGAAAAAAAGGUGGGUGAGGUAAUAUCUUUUAUCUGACCAACUUCUUUUGGUGAAAGAGACAAGCUUUCAAAUUAAAAAAAAUGUAUUUAAACUGAUUUUAAACUUGGUUAGUCACUUCUUACAGCAUAUACUUUUUCUUCAAACAGAAAUUGCAAGCAAUAUUUGUGUAAACCAAAAACACCAGCCUCAAAUACCACAAUCUUUACGUCUAUACAUUUGAUGUGCUACUUUAAGAAACAAAUGUCAAUAGAGCAAGUAUUGGCUAAUCAUUGGUGCUUCUAGGACAGGCUAUCUAUCUAAGGCCUCCUCUACAUGGGAAAGUUUCAGUAUAACCUAAGGGAUGAAUUUAAAAGUGACGGUUAUACAAGAACCUCCUCCCCACCCUAUGGACACUUAUAGUUAGGGCCCUACCAAAUUCAGGGUCCAUUCUGGUCAAAUUCACAGUCAUACAAUUUCAAAAAUCGUAAGUUUCAAGAUUUCAGCUAUUUAGAUCUGAAAUUUCAUGGUGUUGUAAUUGUAGGCGUCCUAACCCAAAAAGAAGUUGUGGGGGGUUCGCAAGGUUAUUGUAGGGGGCAUUGUGGUACCUCUACCCUUACUUCUGUGCUGCUGCUGGUGGCGAUGCUGCCUUCAAAGCUGGGCAGCUGGAGAGCGGCAGCUGCUGGCCGGGAACCCAGGUCUGAAGGCAGAGCCACCGCCAGCAGCAGAGCGGAAGUAAGGGUGGCAUGGUAUGGUAUUGCCACCCUUACUUCUGUGCUGCUGCUGGCAAGACGCUGCCUUCACAGCUGGGUCCUGGCCAACAGCUGCCGGUCUGUGGCCGCCCAGCUCUGAAGGCAGCGCAGAAGUAAGGGUGGCAAUACCGUGACUCCCCCUAAAAUAACCUUGCCACCCCUCUGCAACUCCCUUUUGGAUCAGGAUCCCCAAUUUGAGAAACACUGGCCUCCCACAUUACAUCUGUAUACUAUAGAGUAAAAGCACACAAGACCAGAUUUCACAGUCAAUGACGUGUUUUUCGUGGCUGUGAAUUUGGUAGGGCCCUACUUAUAGUAUUAAAAGCCGGGGGUGAGGGGUUGGUUUAGCUUGUUACUUGGAAAAGGAUUUAAGCUAAACCAAAGUCACUCAUCUAGUAGCCACACAGGGGAGUUCAGAGUGAUAUAACUGGUAAAACUCUCAUGUAAGCAAGACCUUAGUACAAGGAUAGACAGCACAGAAAGGCACUGGAAAAGGUACUCAGACGAUGUCUACACUACUGUGCACCUUACAAUGACAUGCAUGUGCAGCUGCCCUGUUGUAAGAUAAGCAGUGUAGCACCUCUUUGUCGCCAGGAGAGAGCUCUCCAGAUGACCACAUAAAACCACUCCCAACGAGGGACAAUAGCUUCGAAGCCAGAAAAGCAUCUCCUGCCAACAAAGCAUUGUCCACACCGGCGCUUUUCGUCAUUAAAACAUUUGUCGUUCAGGGGGAUUUUUUUUCACACCCCUGACCGAAAAAGUUUGAAUGACUUAAGUGCAUUGUAGACAUAGCCUGAAUGUCACAACUAAAUACAAGGUGGAACAGAGUGUUUAGCAUAAGUAGUUCACACAUAUUCUAAGAGACUAUUCAAGGUGUUAAGAGUUCAGUGAGGUUCAAAAGCUUCUCUUUCACCAACAGAAGUUGGUCCAAUAAAAGAUAUUACCUCAUCUACCUUGUCUCUAAUAUCCUGCGACCAACACGGCUACAACAACAUGGCAAACAACAUUACAAUAACCGGACAGUUAUGCUAAAAACUUUGUACAGUUCUACUGUCAAAUGGGAAGAAAAAGAACUCUACUGUAUUUCUAGUAUACAUUGCAAUGGGAAAAAAGGAACAAAUUCUGGUAUAUUUCUAUUUUUUCUAAUGUGCUCACACAAAAAUUCAUCUUGCCUUUGAAGACAAACUCCACAUUUCAUCCAUGUUCAAUGAAGAAACUGUCCUUAAUAUUUUUACCACCAGCUGCUCAUUAGAAGGUGCCUUGGCAUGUUUGUAGCUGUAACAAAUUGAUAUGUUUAGAGUUCUAGUAGUGACUUAUUUGGUAAAUUUAUGGUGGUUGCAAAUGUAAAAAUGUGACCAUUUUCAUACCAAAGAAUCUUUUGAAAAAUGCAAAAUCACAGAAUAGCUUUGAGCAAUAGUCCAAUAGCUACUACUUUGUUGUAACUUUUAGAAAUAUAGGUGAUCAUAUUUACUACUUUUAAAAUAGCCAUAUCAAUUUUAAUUUGCAAGUAUCAUGAUUUACUGUAUUUUAAAGGCCUUGGUACAACAAUUAAGGAUUCAGUUGGUCUCUUAGUUUGUCAAGUACCAUAGGACUACUCUCUACAAAUACAUUGAACCUGAAACUCAGACUAUGAGGCAAGUUCAAGGAAAGCAUCUUUCAACAGAAUUUAGCAUUUAGAAUAUGUUUUUAUUUUAAAUAUAUACCUCCAGAUGGUAUAUAUCCAGAUCUUUCAGACAGUAGAUAUUUUAAAAGGAAGCAAAAUAUACCCUCCUCUCUUUGUAUGAAGUGGUUAAUCAAGAGAUUAUUAAAGUAUACAUGUAGUUAGAGAGAAAGUGUGUGUUGUGUAUAUACAUAUAUAAAUGCUAGAGAGACUCUACAUUUAAAUAACCUUAUGAAUAUGUAGCAUUGCAAAUGAAAGUUACAUACAUGAAGCCUCAUUUUUGACAGAGGAUGAACACCCAUCACUGUGUUGAAGAAAACAAAUUUAUAUUGGUUUAUCAUGAUUUACCUUUGUCUGUCAAGGCUUUCAUGACCAAGAUUCUGAUGUUCUUCAGAUUAAAAUUCAUGCUCAGUGACAGUUUCAGAAAAGAUUCCUUCCCCUGCCAAUAUCACAAGAUAGCAAAUUAUAUAGAGUUUAGCAUCAACAAUAGUUUAUUUCCCCCAACAAUGAAGAUAUUAAAGUUGGCUGGAGUUUAGGCUUUGCAGAAUUCUUCAGCAACAAGCCUGUGCUGUUAUGAGAAAGGCACAAAUGAUAAGAGUAUACUGCAACUGCUUAGAUUGUUUGUUUAUUUGUUUAAGGAAAUGAAAAUCAGAAUUAAAGGACCAAUUGCCUCACA